AUGGCAGGCAAGCAACAGACAGUGGUUUUAAUAAGUGGUGAAGGUGAAAGGUUUACAGUAGAGCGUAGCAUUGCCGAACGCUCGUUGUUGUUGAAGAAUUAUUUGAAUGAUAUGCAUGAUAGUCAAUUGAAAAACGAUUCCGAUGAAGAAGAUGAAGAAGAGGAAGACGAAGAAGAGGAAGAUGCAAUUGUUAUGCCUGUGCCUAAUAUCAGAUCUUCAGUUUUACAGAAAGUUAUAGAAUGGGCAGAACACCAUAAGGAUUCUAAUUUCCCAGAUGAAGAAGAUGAUGACUCUAGAAAAUCUGCUCCUGUUGACUCGUGGGAUCGUGAAUUUUUAAAAGUUGAUCAAGAAAUGUUAUAUGAGAUCAUACUAGCGGCCAAUUACCUGAAUAUCAAACCUCUGUUGGACGCAGGCUGUAAAGUCGUUGCUGAAAUGAUUAGGGGCAGAUCUCCAGAGGAAAUCAGAAGAACAUUCAAUAUCGUCAAUGAUUUCACACCAGAAGAGGAAGCUGCUAUUAGACGUGAAAAUGAAUGGGCCGAAGACCGUUAA